AUUCGUUUAAGAUUGGAUAUAUUAGAUAAAUAUUGGAUUUCUGCUUUAUUAUUAAGGUUUCUUAACAUCAUAAAUUAUAAUAGUGGCGAUAAACAUAGAACAUGUUGGAAUUAAAAUGGCUUUUAGUUUUAGCAUUUCAAAUGCUUAUAAUAACAAAUAUAGAAGGUUCCAUAGGUGACAAGUCUCAAUUUUACAAUUUAUGUUUUGAAAAAUGUCUUGAUAGUAAUUGUGAUAGAGAUAAAAAAUUUAAAGAAUUACCUUCUUUAUCAUUAAGAUUACUAUUUUGGUCUUGUACAGAAGAUUGUGGUUAUAGAUGCACUUGGAAGACAGUUGAUUAUUUUAUAUCUCAUGGUUUAAAAGUUCCUCAAUUUCAUGGAAAGUGGCCAUUUAUUCGUCUUUUUGGUUGUCAGGAACCUGCUUCUGUCAUAUUUUCUAUAUUAAAUUUUUAUGCUCAUAUUACUAUGUAUUAAUUUAAAAAAAAAUAUGGAUCAACUUAUCCUAUGUUUUAUAUAUGGACUUACUUCAGUCUGGUAUGCAUGCAUGGUUGGUUUUGGUCAUUUAUUUUUCAUGCAAGAGAUAUUCCAUUUACAGAAGUAAUGGAUUAUUCCUCUGCUUUUAUUAUGGUUCUUACAUUACUAUAUUGUAUGUUAUUAAGGAUAACUUAUAAAAAUAAUAAGUUUUUUGCUGUGAUUACAUGUGGAUAUCUUAGCAUUUUAUAUUCACAUUUAUCUCAUUUAUGGUCUGGUUAUAUUAAUUAUGACUAUAACAUGAAAUUUAAUGUAGUUAUAGGAUUUUUAACAUUUGUUAUAACAAUGACAUGGUGGCAUCGUAAUCAAAAAAAAUUAUCUUAUGUAUACUUGAUCGGUUGGUUCAAUAUAUUAACAGUUUUUGUUACUAUAUUAGAAAUAACAGAUUUUGCACCCAUUUUUUGGAUUUUUGAUGCUCAUUCUUUAUGGCAUGCAAGUACAAUUCCACUUACAAUAUUGUUAUAUAAAUUCAUGAUGGCAGAUUGUUCUUAUUUGAAUACAUAUUAUAGUAAAUUGACAUUAAAUAUUGAUUAUCAUAUACAUUAAUGUUUAAUAUAUUUUUAAAGAUGAAAUAAUGAAAUAUAAUGUAAUAAAAAAAAUAUAAUAAAUAUAAUAAUAAAUAAAAUAUAAUUAUAAAUAAUAAUAAUUAUUAUUUUACAAAAUAUUAAAUAUUAUUUUAAAAUAUUAUUAUAAAAUAUAUUUUUUAUUGAUUUG